AUGGGGCUGUGCAGGAAGGAAAUUGCUAGCGAAGCAAAGAAGCAGCUGUGGCUGGCCGGACCUAUGAUUUCUGUGGGUUUGUUUAUGUACAGUUUACAGAUGAUUUCGAUAAUGUUUGCUGGUCACCUCGGAGAGUUGUCUCUAUCUAGUGCUUCAACGGCCACUUCGUUUCUUAAUGCUACUGGUUUUACGGUGUUGAUGGGAAUGGCGAGUGCUUUGGACACAUUUUGUGGUCAAUCAUAUGGAGCAGAGCAGCAUCACAUGCUUGGCAUACAUAUGCAGAGAGGCAUGCUGGUUACCUCACUUGUUGCUGUGGUUCAGUCCAUUAUUUUUGCUAACUUGAGACCUAUUCUAGUUUUACUGCAUCAAGACCAUAAUAUUGCAAAAGAAGCCGGAGUAUAUGCUCGUUACAUGAUUCCAAGCCUUUUUGCUUAUGGUCUUCUUCAGUGCAACAUCAAAUUCCUACAAAACCAGAGCAUAGUCUUUCCUAUGGUUCUAACUACUGGGAUCUCAACCUUGAUACACAUCUUCUUCUGUUGGGUUUUGGUUCUGAAAGCUAGCCUUGGCAUCAAAGGAGCUGCCAUCGCAUUUUGCAUUUCAAAUUGGAUUAGCUUGCUAAUGCUAGCACUUUAUAUCAAGUACUCUUCUUCAUGCAAGAGGACUUGGACGGGCUUUUCAAGACAAUCGUUACAUAACAUCCCCCAAUUUUUCAAACUUGCUCUUCCUUCAGCUCUCAUGGUCUGCUUGGAGUCAUGGACGUUUGAAUUAAUGGUGAUCCUGUCUGGUACUUUUCCUAAUCCAAAACUACAAACUUCUGUUUCUUCUAUAUGUCUUAAUACAUCUGGUAUGUUUUGGAUGUUGCCGUCCGGAAUUGGGGCUGCGGCAAGUACAAGGAUAUCAAACGAACUAGGGGCUGGCUCUCCCAAAGCUGCACAAUUAGCACUUAAAGUCACCUUAUCUGUGGCCCUCACAAUGGGAGUUUUUGAAUUUUCUCUGCUAAUGCUAAUAAAGAAUAUUUGGGGUAGGGCAUUUACCAAUGUACCUGAAGUGGUGAGAUAUGUGGCAUCCAUGCUCCCAAUUGUGGCAAGUUUCGUCUUUAUGGAUUCAAUUCAAACUGUACUCUCAGGUGUUGCAAGAGGAUGUGGUUGGCAGAAACUUGGUGCAUUUGUCAAUCUUUGCACAUAUUAUCUUGUGGGUGUUCCGUUUGCUGUAGUCUUUUCCAUAGCCCUCCACAUGAAAGUAAAGGGCCUCUUAAUAGGUAUCGCAUUAGCACUUAUUGUGCAAGUAGCAUGUCUUCUUCUCAUAACCAUUUGCACCAACUGGGAGAAAGAAGUAAGGCACCCUCUUAUCUUCAACUUUGUUUUGUGUGGUGAGCUGAGAUCCUAA